UGUUUCAAAUGAUUCCAUCCCGUUUGCACUAUUUAUAGCCCGUCUAUGGCAAAUGACAAUCUCAUUCAUCAUCGCCCAAUUCUCCUAAGUUUUGCUUGCUGUUUAAACAUUAGUUUGGAGGAAAAAUGACUGAUAAGCUACGCUUAGCAAUUGGAGUAAUGGGAAAUGCUGCAUCUUUGCUGCUUUACGCAGCACCCAUAUUAACUUUCAAGAGGGUUAUAAGGAAGGGAAGCACUGAAGAAUUUUCUUGUGUCCCUUACAUCAUAGCUCUGUGCAAUUGCCUUCUGUAUACUUGGUAUGGUUUGCCUAUAGUAAGUGUCGGGUGGGAGAAUUUUCCAAUCAUCAGCAUCAAUGGCAUAGGGAUUCUUCUAGAAAUCUCAUUCAUCUUCAUCUAUUUCUGGUUCACUUCAAUUCGUGGAAAGAAGCUAGUAUCAUUAGCGGUGGCACUCGUAGCUAUUGUGUUUUCUGCUAUUGUGUUAGUAUCAACAUUCGCUUUGCAUGAUCAUCGUCAUCGGAAGAUGCUUGUUGGAUGUUUUGGACUUGUAGCUUCCGUAUCCAUGUAUGGUUCUCCUCUGGUUGCUGUGAGGCAAGUAAUAGUGACAAAGAGCGUGGAAUACAUGCCUUUCAAUCUCUCCUUGUUCUCCUUCCUGGCCAGCACUUUGUGGAUGAUAUAUGGCCUCUUGCAACACGAUCUUUUUCUUGCGUCGCCGAGUCUGUUGGGCAGCCCAUUAGGAAUCCUGCAGCUGGUACUAUAUUGCAUAUACAGGAAAAAUAAGAAAACUCCGGAAAAGCUGGACAAGCUGGAAAUGGAAAAGAAAGGAGUGGAUUUCAAACCCCUUCCUGAAAAGCAAGAUCCUGAGAAGCUAGACUUAGAGAAGAAUGGAGUUGGUUACGAAUCCCAUCCGCCCAAAAUCAACGGCCUCAAGUGAAGACUGCUUGAAAGUCCAAGAACCUUUUUUUUUUUUUUUUUGGUUUAAUCUAGUAGAGGUUUGCUGAUCCUGCAUCCGUGUGGUGUGUAUGGCUUGUGUAAUAAACAUUCAGGCUCAAACCCUUAGUGGGUCCUGUCAUUAAGAUGUCCUUGACAGGAAAAUCAGGUCGGUUCACUCAUCAGGGGAGCCAUAGUAGAUGAAAGAAGUGAACGGCUAAGAAGACCUGGGUGUAUUGGUCUAUUUGUUUCGUAAAUUAUGACCCACCCGACAAGCAUAUGGUGAAUUUUAGGCAGGUGUAAAAGCUCGUCCCUCACAUGUGUUAUAGUUUGUCACGUGUGCUGGCACAUAGAUGGGCUGGACUAUGUAUGCAUUAUUAUAUAUUGCCAUCCGCUACAUAAAAGCAUUGGAGCAGCGUUCCACUA